CACGGAAAUAUUGUGGACGAGAGUUGUUCACUUUUUUUUUUAACUUUAUGUAGAAAACACCAAUUUUCAUUGGCAAAAGGUUUCCUAGCAGCCAAUAUAAGGGACAACAAUGGUAACCUUGGACUACAAGCCAAAUUUCCCAUCUGAACAACUCUCAAACUGCAAUUAAUUUCAUCUUGAAGGUCCUUCCUUGGCAAAAUUUUUUUUUGUAACGGACAGAGAGCUAUAAGACGCCAAUUUCCUUCACCGAUCUCCCCAAAGAGAGCGGUCUUGGCUUUUCUUUUAUCGCACCUCUCAUACUUAUAUUCCACUCCCUCCUCUUAACUUCACAUAAUUACUCUUUCAAAUCCUCUCUAAGAGAACAUAUCAAACACCUUGUAAUGCAAUGGCAAUUCACUGCAUCACAAGCCUUCCAUCCAUGCCUCAUCACUACACAAAAGAAGAAUGCAGAGACGAUCAGAAACCAGUAGUUUUCGAUGCCAAAGUACUUCGGUACCAAACAAACAUUCCCCAACAGUUCAUAUGGCCUGAAGAUGAAAAGCCUUGCAAUGCACCAGACCUUCAAGUUCCUCUGGUAGACUUAAGUGGUUUCCUCUCUGGUGACUCUGCUUCAACAAUGGAAGCUUCAAGACUCAUUGGUGAGGCUUGUAAGAAGCACGGUUUCUUUCUUGUCGCAAACCAUGGAGUCAACAAGACGCUGAUUAACGAUGCUCACAACUACAUGGACUACUUCUUUGAAUUGCCUCUUGUAGAAAAACAAAGGGCUCAAAGAAAACACGGAGAGCACUGCGGUUACGCCAGUAGCUUCACUGGCAGGUUUUCUUCUAAGCUUCCAUGGAAAGAAACACUUUCUUUUCGCUAUUCAGCAGAGGAAAGCGAAUCGAAUGUUGUCCAAGACUACUUUGCGAAUUCAAUGGGUGAAGAUUUCGCACAAUUGGGAAAGGCUUACCAGGAAUAUUGUGAGGCCAUGAGCACUCUGUCUUUAGGGAUCAUGGAGCUACUAGGAAUCAGCCUUGGCGUGGGCAGAGAAUACUUCAAGGAGUUUUUCCAAGAUAACGAUUCGAUAACAAGGCUGAAUUACUACCCACCAUGCCAAAGUCCAGACCUGACUUUAGGGACAGGUCAUCAUUGUGAUCCAACUUCCUUAACCAUUCUUCAUCAAGACCAAGUGGGUGGCCUUCAAGUGUUUGUAGACAAUGAAUGGCGUUCCAUUAGCCCAAAUCUCAAUGUUUUUGUCGUCAACAUUGGCAACACUUUCACGGCUCUUUCAAAUGGGAUAUACAAGAGUUGCUUGCACAGAGCAGUUGUGAACAGCCAUAUUAGACGGAAAUCGCUUGCUUUCUUUCUGUGUCCAAGAGGGGAUAAGGUUAUAACCCCGCCAAAUGAAUUGGUGGACAAAUACAAUCCAAGGAUGUAUCCGGAUUUUACAUGGCUAAUGCUGCUAGAAUUUACACAAAAGCACUACAGAGCUGACGUGAAGACACUUGAAGCCUUUACAAAUUGGCUUCAACAGAGAAGCAGCUGAAGAUGAUUUUUUUUUUGUUGGUUAAAGUUAAUGUGAGGUUUCUGACGGACUUGUUUGGCAAGUUCAAUUUAUGCCAUAGAAGGCAACAUUUUGUGAGAGCAGAGCACUUGGAAAUUGAGGGUUUAUUGAAACAGAGCAUAUUUCUUAGGAGACGGUCCACGAGAAUAAAUCUAUGUAGGUCUUCGGUCGAAAACGAAUAAUUUCACUUUGAUGUGUUUGGGCUGAAUUUUCUAAUAUAAAAAAAGUUCUC